AUGUUGAAAUUCUUAAUCUUUUUAUUUGUCCUUAUUCAUGUCAUCGCUUCAACUUCAUUAAAUUCCCUUGACAACUCUGAUAUCUCACAAACCAUUGACUUCAAGCCUGAAUUUACUGAUGUCGAUGAUGUCGACAAUGAUGUCACUAAUGAAGCCAUUGACAAUAACGACAUCGAUGCAGAACAAGUUGGAUUUGGAUAUUGGUAUUGUCGCGGUUGCUAUAGAUAUGGAAGAUACUAUCGUUGUUAUCGAUGCUAUAGAGGAUUCUCUGGUCGAGGUGGGGGUGGAGGUGGAGGCGGUUUUCGCAUGAGGGGAUGA